AUGCCCGCCGCUCCGAUUCGCACUCUUGACAAAAACGGCGUCGAAAUCACCACUGUUGGUUUCAAGCGUUUCGGAUUCGACAGUGAGGUCGAUAUCGAUGUUCUGCGCUCCCUCUAUCUGCGCCCCCACUACGCCGUUUCAUCUGAGGCCAGCUCAUCAGAUGUUGACGAUGCUAGCAAUGGCAAAAAUGCAUACCUGUCAAAAUCAAUCUACCAUCCCGAUACAAAGUCCAUCUCAUAUACUACUCUGUCGCGUUUCACCCCAGUCAAAUUGCUUCCCCCAUCGGAGCGCAAGCGCAUUUUGGUCACCGGUGGUGCUGGCUUCGUUGGUUCCCAUCUAGUCGACAGGUUGAUGCUUCUCGGACAUGAAGUUACUGUCCUCGACAAUUUCUUCACUGGUUCCAAGACCACCGUCAGCCAUUGGAUUGGCCACCCUAAUUUUGAAAUGGUUCGCCACGACGUUGUGGAACCCUUUAUGAUUGAGUGUGAUCAAAUUUAUCAUCUCGCUUGCCCUGCCUCUCCUCCUCAUUACCAGUUCAAUGCUGUCAAGACCAUCAAGACCUCCUUUAUGGGGACCCUGAACAUGCUCGGACUUGCAAAGCGCACCAAGGCCCGAUUUCUUAUCAGCAGUACUUCGGAGGUCUACGGUGACCCCGAGGUUCACCCUCAGCCAGAGGACUACUGGGGUCACGUCAACCCCAUCGGCCCUCGUGCUUGCUAUGAUGAGGGAAAGCGUGUCGCUGAAACCCUAACAUACGGUUUCCAACGACAAGAUGGCGUUGAUGUCCGUGUUGCGCGCAUUUUCAAUACUUACGGACCCAGAAUGAACCCCUAUGAUGGCCGUGUUGUCUCCAACUUCAUCGUUCAGGCCCUCAAGGGCGAAGACAUGACUGUCUACGGCGACGGCAAACAAUCCCGUUCUUUCCAAUACGUGCACGAUCUGAUCGACGGUCUCAUUGCUCUCAUGAACUCUGACGAAUCUCGUCCCGUCAACAUUGGCAAUGGCGACGAAUUCACCAUUGGUGAAUUUGCUGAGCUUGUUCGUGAAAUUGUGGAGAAGGUCCAGGCUGAGGACGGUGAUAAACCAACACGCCGCGUCCAGAUUGUCUACAAGGAUAUGCCUAUCGAUGACCCUAAGAUGCGUAGACCCGACACAACCAGGGCUAAGGAGAGCCUGCAGUGGCAACCGAGAUGGACUGUCCGCAUGGGUCUUGAAGAGAUGGUUCGUUACUACAAGGCGAAGAUGGCUGAGGGCAGCCUCUAA